AAGACUUGGGCCCUCGUUGCCCGGCGACAAGUCCCGCCCCGCAGGCGGCACCGGAAGUGGCGGGCCGGGCUCAGCCUUUAAGAUGGCGUCUCCUCAGGGGGGCCAGAUUGCGAUCGCGAUGAGGCUUCGGAACCAGCUCCAGUCAGUGUACAAGAUGGACCCACUACGGAACGAGGAGGAGGUCCGAGUGAAGAUCAAAGACCUGAACGAGCACAUCGUCUGCUGCCUGUGUGCAGGCUACUUCGUGGACGCCACCACCAUAACCGAGUGUCUUCAUACGUUCUGCAAGAGUUGUAUUGUGAAGUACCUCCAAACCAGCAAGUACUGCCCCAUGUGCAACAUCAAGAUCCACGAGACACAGCCACUACUCAACCUCAAACUGGACCGGGUCAUGCAGGACAUCGUGUACAAGCUAGUGCCUGGCUUGCAGGACAGUGAGGAGAAGCGGAUUCGAGAAUUCUAUCAGUCCCGAGGCUUGGACCGGGUCACCCAGCCCAGUGGGGAAGAACCAUCCCUGAGCAGCCUUGGCCUCCCGUUCAGCAGCUUUGACCACUCGAAAGCCCACUACUACCGCUAUGAUGAGCAGCUGAGCUUAUGCCUGGAGCGGCUCAGUUCUGGCAAAGACAAGAAUAAAAGCGUCCUACAGAACAAAUAUGUUCGAUGUUCCGUUAGAGCUGAGGUCCGCCACCUCCGCCGGGUCCUCUGUCAUCGCUUGAUGAUUAGCCCCCAGCAUGUGCAGCUCCUUUUUGACAACGAAGUCCUCCCCGAUCACAUGACCAUGAAGCAGCUCUGGCUCUCCCGCUGGUUCGGCAAGCCAUCUCCUUUGCUGUUACAAUACAGUGUGAAAGAGAAGAGGAGGUAGGGGCCAAGCCCCUCCCCUCCCCCGUCCCUCCCCCACCCCAGAUAUUUAUGGCAGAUCAAUUGUGGCUUUAUUUUUGAAAUAAAAAAAGCUUUUAAAAAGCA